AUGGGCAAGAGGAAGCGCGGCACCCAGGAGCACGGCGACGGAGGCGAACCUGCAGCCGGACGUGCAGAUAAACAUGCAGACGGAGAGGGAGAGGGAGACGCAGAGGCUGGAGAUGAGAAUAAGCGACGUGAGAUGGUCCAGCAGGGCGUCCUGGCCUUUUACUAUCCGCGGCUGCUCAGCCUGAGGACGUAUCUUCUCGAGCUGCUGCCGGCCUCCUCGGUCUCCAGGCAGCACAGAGUCAGGUCGGUAGGGAGGGAGAAGUCGAAGGAGGAUGGUGAAAGAGUAGCCCGUCUGCUGGAUUCGACCAUCGUGGGCGUCCUGAAGCCGGCGAGCCCAGCAAUCAACAGCGCCAGACAGCGAGAGCUCGCGGCCUUUACACAGUCGCAGGUCAGAUCUUCAGCCCUCAGAGGGACGGACGUUGGUGCUACCAGCGACAUAGCUGAUGUGGUCAACUUUGCUAUAUACAGCCUGUUCAGCGGCGCUGGACAUCCGUCUCACAUCCUCUGCCAUGGAUACCAGCGUGCGGGAGAGCAGAUGGGUGACCAGGAGUACUUUUCGUCUACUGGAAUAGUGCCCAGGUUGCCCAACAGGAGCGUCAACAUGCUCAAAAGGGCCCCCUGGACGGAUGUCAUGGACCUGCUGGGAGGAAGCUGUGAAGAUAUCAUGCUACACUUGCUCUUGGACUGCGGGCUGUUCAUCCAUCUCCACGGCCAGUCCUACUAUCAAUUGAGCGGUGUGUAUCAUCCACCCUUGACGUAUACGACCUACGCUGACGGGGUUAUAGGGAUACCGUUGACCAAGCUGGAUGCUCUGAAUGCCCCGGACAAACCAUGUAUCAGGAAGCCGGCUGAGAUCGUCUUCGUGCGUAGGCGCAUGUUCUAUGCCCGUUCGUCGCUGAAUGCACAGCGUGAGCCCAGGCUGGGGCUACAGCAUAUUCAUGUGCUGAAUAGAUAUCAAAGCGAUACGGUGCAUGUGAUGAAGUACAUCUUCCCCCGACAGUUUGGUCUGCAUAACGUGUUUACUUCCGCUGUCGACAGGACGGAGACGGCCAUGCCGUUCAAGGACUAUUCGCUGCGAGAGCGUGAGAUCGCCUCGAAGCCGGGCGAGAAGGUACCCAGACGGCUUCGUGGCAGGCUUGUCGAGCUGGUUCAGAGCAUGCAGAAGAGACACUCCAGAUGCGCCUACGUAGAGCUACUCCGCCAUUACUGUCCAAAGCGCACGAUUGAUGCAGCAGGAAAAGUGACAAUGACGGACUAUGCGACUCCGACGCAUGCGGUCUCGGCCUUUUGUCGUGCUGUGCUUCAAAAGGUAAUACCGUAUGAGAUGUACGGAUGCGGAGAAGACGGUGUCCGCAAUAGAAACACAGUCAUGCGCAAUGUGGAUAGGUUCCUGUCUCUACGGCGGUUUGAGACACUGUCACUCCACGAGGUCGUUCAGGGGUUAAAGAUCGGAUGUGUCUCGUGGCUAUCCCCUGAUGGUAGCACGGACAAGAAACCCUGUCUUUCAGACACUCGCAAGAGAGAGGAGAUCUUCCACGAGUUCAUCUACUACAUCUUCGACUCGCUGCUCAUCCCGCUCGUCAGGUCAAACUUCUACCUGACUGAGGCGAGCGUGUACAAGAACAGGCUCUUCUACUUCCGUCACGAUGUAUGGAAGCAUCUCUCCGAGCCGGUCAUGGCCGACCUCAAACUAUCUGUCUUUCAGGAUAUCAAGCGCAGCAAGGCCGAACGACUGCUCAACGGCGAAUCGCUCGGCUAUAGCAACAUCAGACUCCUCCCCAAGGCCACCGGAGCCAGGCCGAUAACAAACCUGAGGAGACGGCCGACACUGAGAAAGGCAUGGAAGACAGGCACUCCCAUGCUUGGAUCAAGCAUCAACACCCAGCUGGCCCCCCUUUUCCACGUUCUCAAUUACGAGCGGACGCAGAGUCCGGAAAACGUAGGGUCCAGCCUGCCGUCUACCACUGCGAUGUACCCUCGGCUGAAGAAGUUCAAAGAGGAAAUUACAACACGAGGAGGCGGAAGCCUGACGGGCCCGCUCUAUUUCGUCAAAUUGGACGUCCAGGCCUGUUUCGACACUAUCCCGCAGACAAGGCUGAUGCAACUCGUCGAUAAGCUCGUCGUAGACGAUGCGUACCGUGUCUCCAAGCACGUGGAGUUUCAUCUUAACCAUAACAGCGGGCCGCGGCCGGCAGUAGUGAAACGAGAAUGCCAUCAAAGUAUAAAUAAAAGUACCAGCAGCGCCAACAAGCCAAGGAGGAAGUUCGUGGCGCGAGCGGCAGCGUUUGAUGACUUCCAGCCUGUAUACGAUGCCGUAUCUUCAACUUCAACGCCUGGCCAGUGCAAUCGUGGCGGUGCAGGAACAGGUACAGUGUAUGUAGACCUGGGCUCGCGAAGGAUGCAUACACGGGGCGAGCUGCUGGCCCUGCUGGAGAAGCAUGUCCGCAACAAUCUAAUCAAGAUCGGGAAACGAUACUAUCGACAGAAAAGGGGUAUUCCGCAGGGUUCCGUCAUCUCCAGCAUCCUGUGCGGCUUUUUCUACGGCGAACAUGAGCUGGAGCGGUUGGCCUUCCUACGGGACCCUGGCACGCACGCACUGCUGAUGCGUUAUGUAGAUGACUACCUGCUGAUCACGACGGACAGGCAGCUGGCCGAGCGGUUCCUGCAGGUGAUGCUCGACGGGGAUGAAGAGUUUGGCAUAUCCGUUGCUCCGGAGAAGACGCUGAUCAACUUCGACGCAGAGGUUAAUGGCAGGCAUCUUCCCCGUCUAGAAUCCAGCCUGUUCCCAUACUGUGGCACUCUGAUCGAUACAAGAUCGCUGGCCCUCAGCAGAGAUCGCCCGUCGCCUAAUAAUAGUCACAACAACGGCAACAGUGUCAACAUCCGCGACUCGCUGACGGUAGACUCAACCCGUACUCCAGGCCAGACGUUCACACGCAAGGCCCUGGCAGCGUUUCGGCUGCAGACUCACGCUAUGUUUCUAGAUACGAAACAUAGCUCCUCAAGCGUUGUGCUAGCCAACCUGUUCUGUAACUUUAUGGAAUGCGCCAUGAAGACCUGUGCGUACUGGUGUGCAAUGAAACAGCGACAAACCUCUUCCUCAACUCGACUUCUCACUUUUACCAUCUCGUCGCUGCUGGCCUAUGGGGCAUGCUUCAUCCGGUCUCGGUCUGCCGGGGGUCUCAUCGAUUUUGAAUGCAACAUCACCCAUCGACAGGUCCGCUGGCUGGGCGCCAUGGCCUUCAGACGUGUCCUCGGACGCAAGCAGACACGAUUUAAAGAGGUGCUGAGGUGGUUGGACGGCCUCCUCCGAGACUGCAAGCCGUCCACUGACCGGGAGCUCUUCAGGCUGCGUCGGGCACUCACCGUUCCCCCCUGUCGCUACUAA